AUGGACAUCCUAGCUUGCAGAUCCGAAGAGAACAGUUAUAACAUCCUCCCCUCGGCGGCGACGAUGCUUUUCCAUGGCCUCCCUGGAGGCGACGUGCACGGUGUGGUGGAAGAAAUGGACCGGAGAGGAAAGAGCGAGUCAGCAGCCAUCAGCUCAGCCAUCGAUAUGGGGGAAUCAGAGACGUCCAUGCAGUGCAUGAACAGCGAGCGCGUGGCUCUGUGCGCGGGCUGCGGUAGGAAGAUCGCGGACCGCUACUACCUGCUGGCUGUGGACAAACAGUGGCACAUGCGCUGCCUCAAGUGCUGCGAGUGCAAACUCAACCUGGAGUCCGAGCUCACCUGCUUCAGCAAGGACGGCAGCAUCUACUGCAAGGAGGACUACUAUAGAAGAUUUUCGGUGCAGAGGUGCGCUCGGUGCCACCUGGGGAUCUCAGCCUCGGAGAUGGUGAUGCGGGCCCGGGACCUGGUCUACCACCUCAACUGCUUCACAUGCACCACGUGCAGCAAGAUGCUCACCACCGGGGACCACUUUGGCAUGAAGGACAGUCUGGUGUACUGUCGGCUGCACUUUGAGACUCUCAUCCAGGGAGAAUAUCAGACACAUUUUAACCACGCGGACGUUGUCCCGCACAAAGGCCUGGGCCCGGCCAACACGCUCGGACUAUCCUACUUCAACGGCGUGGGGACAGUGCAGAAAGGCCGGCCCAGGAAGAGGAAGAGCCCCGGGCCCGGCACCGAGCUGGCUGCUUAUAACGCAGCGCUGAGCUGUAAUGAGAAUGAUGGCGAGUCCAUGGACCGGGACUCCCAGUACAGCUCCAGUCAGAAGACCAAGCGUAUGCGAACAUCCUUCAAGCACCACCAGCUGAGGACCAUGAAGUCCUAUUUCGCCAUCAACCACAACCCUGACGCCAAGGACCUCAAGCAGCUCGCCCAGAAGACCGGCCUCACCAAGCGGGUCCUCCAGGUCUGGUUCCAAAAUGCUCGGGCUAAAUUCAGGAGGAACCUGCUGCGGCAGGAAAGCGGCGGGGUGGACAAGGCAUCUGACGGCUCCACGCUGCAGGGUGGGACACCGUCGGGCCCAGUCUCUGACAUCUCCAAUGCCUCCAUGAGCCCCUCCAGCACUCCCACUACCCUGACAGACUUGACCAACCCCACCAUGCCCACCGUUACCUCCGUGCUCACCUCAGUGCCGGGCGGCAUGGAUGGCCACGAAUGCCGGAGCCCAUCACAGACCACCCUGACCAGCCUCUUCUGA